CGGGAACUGGCCUGUGCCGCCCCCAGAGUCACACCUGGAGGGCGGCGCCGUGUCACGUGACUUGCAGCGGAGGCGCCUGGCCGGCCGAGGCAGAUAACUUGGUUUAAAGCAGAUAAAAUGGUAAAACUAAUUCACACCUUAGCUGAUCACAGUGAUGAUGUCAACUACUGUGCCUUCUCUUCUUCCUGCUUGGCUACUUGCUCCCUGGACAAAACAAUCCGCCUCUAUUCUUUAAACAACUUUACUGAACUUCCCUACUCACCAUUAAAGGGUCACACUUAUGCUGUCCACUGCUGCUGCUUUUCUCCUUCUGGACACAUUUUAGCUUCAUGUUCGACAGAUGGUACCACGAUGCUGUGGAAUACUCAUAAUGGUCAGAGGCUGGCAGUGCUGAAGCAGCCCCGAGGCAGCCCUGUAAGAAUCUGCCGAUUUUCCCCUGACUCCGCUUACCUAGUUUCCGGUGCAGCUGAUGGUAGUAUCGUUCUUUGGAAUGUGCAGUCAUUGAAAUUGUACAGAUCUGGGAGUGUUAAGGAUGGUUCCUUGGUGGCAUGUGCGUUUUCUCCUAAUGGAAAUCUCUUUGUCACUGGAUCAUCAUGUGGAGAUUUAACCAUUUGGGAUGAUAAAAUGAGGUGCUUGUGUAAUGAAAAAGGACAUGAUCUUGGUGUCACCUGCUGUGAUUUUUCUUCACAGGCAGUUUCUGACUACUCCCGGUGCCCCUCAUUUGCCCUUGUGCUGGAGUUGAUGAUGAAGAAAUGUUCUAGGAAUCUAAGUGGAGAACAAGGAUCUAGAUACUUCCGAAUGGCAUCUUGUGGUCAGGAUAACCAGAUCAAGCUUUGGCUUAUUUCACUUGCUGAUCUCUUAGGUUGUGAAUUAAAAUAUGAAUGCACAUUGAAUGGACACUCUGCCCCAGUCCUCGCUUGUGCAUUUUCCUAUGAUGGGCAGAUGCUAGUCUCAGGAUCUGUGGACAAAUCCAUCAUGAUACAUGACACUAAAACUGGGAGCAUCCUGCACACUUUAACUCAGCAUACCAGAUAUGUUACAACUUGUGCCUUUGCACCAGAUAUUCCAUUACUUGCAACAGGUUCAAUGGAUAAAACUGUGAAUAUCUGGCAAUUUGAUCCAAAGCAACAUUUUGCAGGAGGUGGCCUGGAAGAUGAACCUAAGAUGUCUAUUGAGAACUGGUCAGAGGAAGAGGUCUCAGUUUGGCUUUGUGCACAAGGUUUAAAAGACCUUGUUGGGAUUUUCAAGAUGAAUAACAUUGAUGGCAAAGAGCUGCUGAGUCUUACAAAACACAGUCUGUCUAACGACUUAAAAAUUGAGCUCUUUAAUCUAAUUUCUGUACUCCAGCUCCGCAAGUGGAGUCGCGCUUAAAUCGAGAUCUCAAUCCCAGGUUAAAGGUAUUGUGGAUGCAAUUCGAUGAUAUUGGCCUCUGGGAGCUAUCCCAGAAUAUUCCCUUGUGACCGCUCUGGACAACACUCUCAGCUCCAGUGCACUAGCCAAGUGGGCAGGAAAAGCCCCGGGAACUUUUGAAUUUCAUUUUCCGUUUGGUCACCAUCAGCAUAGGUGACCAUCAGCACAGUCCACUAUCACAGGAGAUCACGCAGUCCCGGAUUCGCAGACGAGCUCCAGCAUGGUCCGAACGGGAGGUACUGGAUCUCAUCACAUGUUGGGGAGACGAGUCUGCUGUGGCAGAACUACAUUCCAAAAAAAGGAGCGCAAAUACAUACGCUAAAGUCUCCAGGGCCAUGGAUGGAAAGAGACUACUCCAGGGACACAGAGUAGUGUCAUACAAAAAUCAUGAAGCUCAGGCAAGCAUACCAAAAAGCCAGGGAGGCGAAUGGGCGCUCUGGGUCACAGCCCCAUACAUUCCGCUUCUGCCGUGAGCUGCAUGCAGUUAUGGGGGGUGACGCCACCACUACCCCACCACUGUCCGUGAACACCUGCCACGGGGGAGAUGCACAGAGGGAGGAUGAAGAGGAGGAGGAGUACAGUGCACAGGUGGCAAGUGGGGAAUCUGUUUUCCCUCCUAGCCAGGAGCUAUUCUUAAUGCUGGAGCCAAUAGCCUCCCCAAGGAGGGCUUCUGGACCAUGACCCUGGAGAAGGUACUUCUGGUGAGUGAGAGCCUGAUCGGAGCCAUAGGUGGAGGGUGGGGUGGGGGGGAAACCCAGCUGUGCUGGGCUGUUCCCAUUUAGUUUAAAGGGCUUGUCCCUGUUCAGAGCCUCAUCAGAGCCACUCAGUGGGUGCGGGGGGUGGGGUGGGUAUUGUGUAAAGCAAUUGUCCGAGAGCAUCCACAGGCCCUCCUUUUAUGUGGCAAACCCACCAGGUCUUGCUUGCUAUGGGAAAGGGGGGCCAGCGUUUUGAAAGUAUUGAAAUGAAUGUAGAAGAAGCAGAACCCUACAUGCCCCUAAGCUCCCUGCAAGCUGAAUUGUAUUCCCUGGCCGCGUGUGAUGGCUUACUCACACCAGAGUGCCUCCUUUGUUCUCUGAAAUGUAUUUUUUAAAAUACUACCCUCCCUUUUUCUCUUCCUGCAGGUGCAAAUGUUUCAACGUGGCCCCUAUCUACUCCAUCCCAGAGGCUGGUCCAGAUUAGAAGGUGGAGAAAACGAACUUGAGAUAACAUGUUCGCUGAGCUCAUGCAGUCCUCCAGCACCGAUAAGGCCCAGCUGAAUGCAUGGAGGCAAACAAUUGUGGAGUCCAGUAAAGGAUUACAGGAACACGAAGAGAGGAUGGAUGCGCACGAUGAGAGCAGGCAGGACACUAUGUUCAAGCUCAUGGGGGAGCAAACUGACAUGCUUUACUGUGUGGUGGAUCUAAUGCGGGAAAGACAGCACGACCACAGUCUGCCGCUGGAGCCCCUGUGUAACCACCCUCCCUCCUCCCCAAGUUUCACAGCCUCCUCAUCCAAAUGCCCAAGAACAGGCAGGGAGAGGCUACGGGUACCAACGCACUUAAGCUCAGAGGAUCGCCCAAGCAGCAGAAAGUUGGCAUAUGCGAACUUUUGAUUUGGUUUCUGGACUUGUCCUUCCCUCCUCCUCCACCUCCCUAACCCAAUACCCCUCCCCCUCGGUCUACCUUCAGAUUUCUCUCAGUGUUUGUAUAGCAAAUAAUAAAGAACAUGUUUUUAAACAA